CGAAUUUAGUGUGCGACGUCAUUAACCAAAGCAGCGCCGCUUGUACGAAGAUAUCGUGCUAGCUGCUGGUUUGUUGUUCUUCUGAGCUCGGUGUUAGGCUGGGCUGUUUUCUCCUCUGGAGCAGGCCCUGCCCCCCCAGGAUGAUUAACUCAGAGAGGGGAGCUCCGGAUGCUGUUGCAGCAGAACCCAGCAGUAAGAAGGAGACGGAAAAGAAGAAGAGGUCCCGUGUCAAACAGCUGCUCAGUGAGGUGAAGAAGCAAGUGGAAUUCUGGUUUGGAGAUGUCAACCUUAGCAAGGACCGCUUUCUGAAAAAGCUCAUAGAUGAGUCUGACAAUGGAUAUGUUGAUAUAUCCGUGUUGGCGAGCUUCAAUCGAAUGAAGCAGUUGACAACUGACACGAAGCUCAUUGCCAGGGCGCUAAAAAAUUCAUCUAUAGUUGAGGUCAACCUCGAGGGAACUAAAGUAAGGCGUCAGCUUCCAGUUGGGCAACUGCCAAAUGAUGUAGACAGCCGCACAGUUUAUGUGGAACUUUUGCCGAAGGAUGUGACACACAGCUGGAUAGAAAGAGUUUUCACAAAAUGUGGAAAUGUGGUUUAUGUUAGCAUCCCUAGAUACAAGUCUUCUGGGGACUCCAAGGGUUUUGCUUUUGUCGAGUUUGAGAAAGAGGAGCAAGCGCAGAAAGCCAUAGAGAUGCUGAACAACCCUCCUGAAGAUGCUCCUAGGAAACCAGGGAUUUUCCCCAAGACGUUACACCGGAAGCCGAUUCCUCUCUCCGCCGACAAUCCACCAUCACGUGAAGAAGAAGAGAAGAAGAAGCGAAAGAAAAAGAAAAAGAAAGAAGGCGCCACAGUGCAGGUGCCUGCAGAGGAAGCCCGAGAGCAGUCGAUGGAAGCAGAGCCAGCUGAGCUAAAGAAGGAUUGUGAACCCGAGGCCAGCGGCACUCAGAAGACAGCAUCCAAACUGUCGGAGAAAAAAAGACGACGGUCACAGACAGCGGAGGCAUCAGAGAGUGAUGUACCAUCGAAGAUGAGGAGAACCAGUGAAAGUGAAACUGGCGAGAAAGAGAAAGAUGGAGCACGGAGUAAUUCACCCACUAAAAGAGCCGCACAGCAGGCUGUCGAGAAGGAGAAGGAAAAAAAAGAUGAUGCAAACGUCAAAGCAAAAAGGAAGAGAAAAAAGAAGCACAAGGAGAAACUGAAAAUUGGGGAAGAAGUGAUCCCACUCCGGGUUCUUUCAAAGAAAGACUGGCUUGAAUUAAAAGAGGAGUACCUGAGCUUGCAGAAGUGCAGCAUGUCAACCCUGAAAAAGUGCAUGAAUAAAAUGAAUCCCAAGAAGGACGAGAUAAUGGAGACAGAUGGAGAUCCUCAAGAUGCACAUGUUGAUGAGGAGAAUAAAAGUGAAAAGGCAACUAAGGAAGGACCUCAGUUUGUCAGUGGGGUCAUCAUGAAGAUUACGGACAACAAGCCACUACCAGGGAGGAAAAUCAUCAAGGACACAUUGUGCAGGAUUUCUCCAGUGGCCUAUGUGGACAUCUUAGAAGGAGAUGCUGAGGGACACAUCCGUUUUCACUCGCCAGAGGAAGCGAAAGCUGUCAGUGACGUUCGAGCAGAGCUGCAGAAAGAGCAAAGCUGGAAGCUGGAGAUUAUCACAGGUGACCAUGAACAAAGGUACUGGCAGAAGAUCCUGGUGGACCGCCAGGUCAAACUGAAUCGUCCAAGGGAAAAGAAGCGGGGAACGGAAAAGCUCAUAUCCAAAGCCGAAAAGAUCAUCAUUGCCCGUGCCAAGGAGGCUAAUAAACACAUCCAUUUUGAAGACGACUGACAGCUACUGAAAUUAGUUUUCGACAGCCGAGCGAGGCUUAACUCUGUAGACUUUACAUGACGUAGUUUGAAGGGGACAGUUGGUGUUGGUGUGUACCCGCAAGAGAAGUGAACAGAAGCCUGAACAAGAAGAUUAAAUGAAUAACCUUCAGCCUUUUUUUUUUUUUUUUUUUUUUUUUGCACUGGAGCCUGUAAGAUAACAUGCAUUAGACUUUUUAAUUAAUGGACUUAAAAAAGAAGACUGUAAAUAUAACUGAGGUGAAAGUUCUCUCAGUUAUGACAAUGUGUUAUUUUUAAUAAAAUGUCAUUUUAUGGUUUACAGCAUUUGUUGCAAAUUUCCAACCCAGUUGU